AUGGACCUUGAGGCUGAAAGCAAUGAGGGCCCUAAUUCUGCAGCAGAUGCCAGAUCCGAAGUCCGCUGCCCUGGAAGGCGGUUCAAGACCCCGAUAGCAUGCGUCCCUUGCCGAAUGACCAAGACCAGAUGUGUUUCUAUUGGUGACCUGGAUUCUUGUGAAGCAUGUCUCAGGAAAUCGCGCGCAUGUGUCCGGCCCGGACCAGCGAAACCGCGAACGAAUCCGUCGCAAAAGAUCAGGGAGCUCGAGGGCAAGAUUGCGUCCCUUUCCCAAGCAUUGUCGGCCAGACAGCGUCAUGACCAGCCAGGAGAACCCACUCUGUUGGCUACACCGACACAGUCAGUGUCAUCCGGAAGGUCAAGAGACGCUUCAGUCCCCGUUGUACGUCCAACGUGGCAAAUCUUCCCAGAGUCGCAGUCGAGGCACAGUUCCGCCCAGGUCGAUCUGGAUGUUGUGGACCAGGGACUUCUCGACAUGCCAACCGCGGAGGUCCUUUUCAACCAUUGGAACGACUCCAUGCGACCCAUUUUGCCUAUUGUGCUACUCUCGGAGGACAACUUGCGGGAAUGUAGGAGAGGUAAACCGAUGCUGUUCCUCGCCAUUCUGAGCGUCGCGAGCGGCUCAAUCUUGCCGUCCUUCCAGUCACCGCUCGUCAAGGAAUUGAAACGUCAAUUAGCCAGACAGAUUCUUGAACAGGGCAGACGAAGUAUGGACCUCAUCCAGGCAUGCCUCUUGUAUUCUCAGUACUACACCCAUGAUCCCGAAUCACCCCAUGCUUUGCCAACUCAAUUUGUCUCUGCCGCCAUUACCAUGUUGUGUGAUCUUGAUAUGGUGGAACACAUUGCGCCUAAGCCGGGUUCUUGUACAGAUGAGUCGAAGGAAACCGCUCGAGCCUAUUUAGCGUGCUGGUAUGCCGCAUCAAGCAAUGCCAUAUUAUUCCGACAGCAGACUCUCAUGCCUCCUUCGUCCAAGCUUGAAGCUUGUAUCAGCGUCUUGUCGACUGCGGCUUCUGUGCCGACGUCGGAUGCCCUGCUCUGCAGCCUCGCACGACUGCAACUUAUUUUGGAUAAUGUCUCAAACACCUUCGACCCAGGGGACAAGCAGGCGAUUGGAGAAUUUGACAGUCCGACCGUCCAAUACCAGUUGAAAAGGUUUCAGGAGCGCCUCGCAAGCUGGAACGCCUCCGAGUCAAGCUUCGUUGAUGACCGUUUGAAAAGAUGCUCGGCCGAGUUUGCAAAUAUCUGUGUCCACCAUAUCGCGCUCAAAUGCUACAUGCAGAGACUAUUCGCAGGCUCUGGAUCCGAAGAUUACCACGCGAGCGUUGACGUGCUGAGCUCCGGGCACCUCAAAGCACUUUUCUGCUGCUGGGAUUCGAGUCAGGCAUUACUCGACGCAUACAUAUCUCUCGACGUUCGCCUGGCUCGAUCGCUGCCCAAUCACUACCUGAUGUGGACUCUGUCUGCCGCGGUAGCUCUCAUCAAGCUGACCCCGUUUAGGGAGGGAAUGAGAGCCGGGACCGCGACCACGACCAUGCACUCCGAAGAAGCCUCGGCCUUGCCCAGUCUCGAUGCAAUGUUGAGCAAGAUCUCGGAGAUCGUCCAAGACGGAUAUCUUCCGCAGGCGAAGACCUGGGGUAUGGCGCUGGCCAAGCUCCGGUUCUGGUAUCUGCACAAGAAACAGGUGUGCAUCACCGCCCACGGACGAUGUGACAGCCACAGCGACGGGCCUGUCUACAGUGCAUUUGGCGACCGGUCUGAGCAGUCACCGACCGAGAUCGAUGUUACGUCCCAUUUAAGACCAGUAUCUCAGCCGUUAUCUGACCCCAGACAAUCUCUGAACACACCUGUUGUGGUCGGUAUCGGUGCAUUCGGUGUCAACUCCACGCCGUCGUCCACAUCUGGCACACAGCAGAGGCACGCCGUCGACGCCACAGGCACAGCUCCAGUCGAGGCGGCGUACAACCCUCUCACCUACGCGGCGACCGAUUGGGAUGAUCUGGUCUUGGACGCCGACUCACUCCGAGAAUUCGAUUCUCUCAUGAUGGACGACUCGGAUUUCUGGAUGAAGAGCUUGAUGUAA